AUGAUACGUUUCCCUCUACAGAAGAAAAGGACGUCUGCGAGGCAGGUGCCGGAUUUGUCACGAUAUCAACAGUUUUAUAAGGAGGACGAGUCGCAGGGGUAUGCUACUAGUAAUAGACUCUCAGCGGAUGCAGCUUCGAUUGCGAGUUUGAGGCCACCGGGGAUAAUAGGAGCAGAUGUGAUGUCGGGGAGGGCGCAUUCCUUUACUUCAGACCGUUCUAGUUACUUGGGCUCCAUCCGGCCACGAACAUAUAGUAUGACUUCAGACCGUAGAGCUAAUUCGAUGCGCAGUGCCGAUUUGAGGGUUGGUUCAGGUAAGAGUGCGAUUGCAGGCGGCGGUCAGGCCAACUCUAUAACUGUGAAGACCACGGAGGUCAAGGAUUUUCAAGGGCGGACGAAGUCCGUUACGAAGCAGACGGUUAGGCGGCUCAAUGGGAUGGAGGUUGUUGAGACGACGACAACCACGACAACUAUUGCUGAUGGGGAGUUUGAUAAGGAUUUUGAAGAUUUUGCCGGUGAUUUUACGAAUAAGAAACACAGUGGGCCAGGCAAGUCGCUUCAUCACAACACAUAUUUGAAAUCAGGCCUAAGCCCAGAUAUUGAGGGUAUUGUUGAAGAAGAGGAUGUGACCAGCGGUGAGGAUGCAGACACAAAAGAAAGUAUAUUUUCCAUUACGAGGGAUAUUGGUGGGCGACAGCAACAGCAGGUGCGGCAACCUGUAGACACAAGAAAGAAGCCGAAGAGCCGUGAUUCGGUACGGUUUGCCGCACCGAUAAAGGGUAUCAAUGUCAAGCCUAUUAUAAAGAGGCCAGCUGCACAGGAUGGUAUAUCUGCACCAAAGAAGCAGCACAGGAUCCAUUUCCAGGACGUUACGCCACCACCAUCACCAGAAAAGAUGACAACUAAGACCAAGACGAUGGCUACCAAGAAGAAAAUGACAGAACAGGAAAUGUAUAUGCAUGCGUUAGAUGCGGCCAGGAAGAAGGUUUAUGGGGAUAUUGACGGGAAGGCAGCUGAAAUGUCCAAGUCUAUGAAAAAGAGUACAAUGUCACAAAGAAUGACACUAAGGGAUGAUGUUGUCAGUCCUAGUAAGCAGAGUCCUACUACACCUGUUGCUCUCGAAUCUACUAAAAAAACCAAAGACCAAGAAAGAUGGGAAAAGAGAGAAGCAGAGAGACGGAGGAAGGAGAUGGAAUGGCAGAAGAGGGAGGAAGAGAAGAAACAAAUGAAGGAGAUGGAGAAAGAACGGAAGGAAAGACUGCAACAAAAUAAAAGACUGAGGACUUCAAGCAAGAGACAAGGUAUCUCUAACAAGAAAUUUUUUUCCUUCAUAGAAUUUCCUAAAAAGACUCCUGCAAAGAAGGAGAGCAGUAGUACCAGUAGUAAGCCGUUGGCGCAGGAGGUCCAACGGAAAUACACAUCACGUUCAGAAGAGCACGUUCCAAAAUUGGAUGUGGUGAGUUCAGAUAAUAGCAGUUUCAGCAGUGAUAUCGGUGAUGGUUUGCAGUUGGGAAACAUGGAAAACGAAAUGUAUGCGAAGGCCGUGCAGGUUGCGAUGAAGAAAUAUCAAAUGACCUCUGAUGAGCGUCUAAAGAGCAGUUCGAUAUUGGAGCAGCCAAAACAAAUCUUGACACCUGUAACGUCUUCGAAUUUGUCGCACCAAGGGCCGGAAGAGAAGUACUAUCAGCCCAUAAAGGGUUCUACUAAUGAGGGUCUCCUGGAGCAACCGCCAAGCAUUGUAUUCCCAAAUGAUAACGCAAUUUCAGAGGUUAUCUCGGAACCGUCGCUUUCGAGAAAGGCCUCGUUUAUUGAGAAGCUGCUGAAGUUCAGCACUGAAAAGUACGGCUAUCAGCCUAGACGCUCCUUCAGCUCAGCAAAUCGUCAGCAGAUAUUCACGGAUCUUGAUGAUGAGAUCCCUCCUCUUCCAGAUAUUCCCCUGGUUGAUCCAUCAAUGGGGGAUGGAGGCUCGCAGCAGGUCCUGGUAGAUAAUGUGUCUGAUAAUGAAGUGCCGCUUGUCCAAGAUCCAGCACCACAGCCAGUGGUAAAGUCCGUGGAAGAGCCCGUGGAAAAGCUCUUGGCAGAGUCUGUGGAAAAGCUCACCAUCAUAGACCCUCCACCUCCCAUCCGUGCGUCUCCGCAUGCUGGGUCCCCGCGUGCUUCUCCUGUCGCCUAUCCAGCGGCCGACCCCUGUCUGGUACGUUCAUCGCCUAUAGAGCCGACCCCGCCAGUAUCAGGGACUCCGGAAGCGACUCCGCCCAUCAUGGUCCCCAGCCCAAAUGCCCCUCCAACGCGUGCACCAGGGUAUGAUGAACCAAUGAUACUCAAUAAUACAUCCUCCGUCUCAAACCUCGGCGAGGGCAAGGCCGUACAACCGAACUUAACCGAAUCAAGCCCUGCACCUCUCCAAAGACACAGCGAACCCCCCAUGGCGGCGGCCACGGCCCCUGAUGAGCCUCCUACCCAACCUGCAAGACCAUUGGCAACUCCACCUCCGCCACACGCUACUCAGGAGCAACGUACACCUGCAAAACACAUAUCCCCUGCGACUCCAACCAAGAAGAAAUCGUUCCUGGCCCGGCUGUUCUCCAGGAAGCACGCAACGGACUCGCACACAAGCAAGUGA